AUGUCGCGUCAAAUCAAUCAGCCCAUCAACCAAGUCCGACUGACUAAUGUAGCAGUCGUGCGGUUUAACAGGUCGGGCCGACGCUUCGAAAUCGCUUGUUACCGCAACAAGGUAAUGGAUUUCCGCGCGGGUCUGGAGACGGAUCUUUCGGAAGUACUACAGACAGAUCGGAUCUUUACCAACGUUUCGAAAGGAGAAUUCGCUAAAACCAAAGACCUCGAAAAAGCCUUUGGUACACACGACGAGGAAGCGAUCGCCAAGAUUAUCUUGGAACAGGGCAACAGUCUGCAGGUAUCAGAUCUGGAACGUAAUCAACAGAUUCAAAAUACAUUGAGUCAAAUCGCGACGUGGGUGGCCAACAACUGCGUUCAUCCUGACACCUGUCGACCGUAUACAGUUUCACAAAUCAAACACGUAUUGCAAAAAAAUUACGCAGUUCAGACUCACAAGGCAAUCAAGCGACAAUAUUUGGAUGCAGUCAAGUUUUUGAAAGAUGUGAUUCCUAUUGAGCGUGCCAAGAUGGAAUUGUCGCUACAAUACGCACGCGGGGAAGAGUCGAUGGUGGAGGAAGGUCUCAAGGAUAUUCCGCAUCGUCUUAUUAAAGAGUCAAACGAUUCCGCUACGCAGUCGUCCGUUUUCAUAUUACAGGUGGAUCCGUCCAUGUACCGAGCACUAGAUGAACUUGCCAGUCGGCUUCAAAGUGGGAAACUAGAGAUUCUCCAGCAAGUCGUUACUCAACAAGGAAAUGUCGAGCUG